AUGAUGCGCCCCCAGCUCCAAACCGUCGGCCGUAUGGCCAAGCCCACGACCAGACUCGCAUCUGCCGCCCGAUCUCACAUCACCAACGCCGCCUCAAAAGCGUCGACCCGGUCCCUCGUCACCGCGACGCGGAACACGGCCACGAGAUCCGCCUCUAGCGCAUUCCCCGCCCUCGCCUCCUCCCAGUACCGAUCCUUCAGCACGACACGCAUCCAGCAUGGCGAGGUCAUCAUCACCGUCCCCCAAAUGGCCGAGUCCAUCACCGAAGGCACCGUUGCCUCCCUCGGCAAGCAGGUCGGCGACCGCGUUGAGGCCGACGAGGAAGUCGCCAGCAUCGAGACGGACAAGAUUGACGUUGCAGUGAACGCCCCCGAAGAAGGAACCAUUGUCGAGCUCUUCGUCGCUGAGGGCGACACCGUCGAGGUCGGCCAGAAGCUCGCGCGCAUGGAGACCGGCGGCGCACCCGCCGAGACGAAGAAGGAGGCCAAGCCCGAAAAGACGGAAGAGAAGAAGCCCGAGCCCGAGAGCAAGCCCGAGCCUACCGCCGCCCCGGCGCAGGAGCAGAAGAAGGAGCCCGAGGCCCCCAAGCAGGAGAGCAAGCCCGCGCCGGCCCCCAAGCCCGCCGCUCCUCAACAGAAGCCCGCCGAGCAGCCCCAGGUGCCUUUCGGCUCGACCGGUGCCUUCUCCCGUGGCGAGCGCAUUGAGAAGCUCUCGCGCAUGCGCAAGACCAUUGCUACCAAGCUCAAGCAGUCCCAGAACAUGACGGCGUCGCUGACGACCAUCAACGAGGUCGACAUGUCCGCCCUCAUGGCGUGGCGCGCAAAGAACAAGGAGGACGUCAUGAAGCGCCACGGCGUCAGGCUCGGAUACAUGGGCGCCUUCACCAAGGCGACCUGCCUCGCGGCCCAGCAGGUGCCCCAGCUCAACGCCUCCAUCGACACCGAGAAGGAGAUCAUCACCUACCGUGACUACGUCGACAUCAGCAUCGCCGUCUCCGCGCCCAAGGGCCUGAUCACCCCCGUCCUGCGCAACGUCGACAGCCUGGACAUCAUUGGCAUCGAGCGCGGUGUCGCCGAGCUAGCUGCCAAGGCCCGCGACAGCAAGCUCUCCAUGGCCGACCUCGAGGGCGGCAACUUCUCCAUCAGUAACCCCGGCAUCUUCGGCUCGCUCUUCGGCACCCCCGUCAUCAACUACCCCCAGGCCGCCGUCUUCAACAUGAACGGCAUCAAGGAGCGCCCCGUCGUCGUCGACGGCAAGCUCGAGAUCCGCCCCAUGAUGUACAUCACCGUCACCUACGACCACCGCCUCAUCGACGGUCGCGAGGCCGUCACCUUCCUGAACAUUGUCAAGAGCUACAUUGAGGACCCCGCCAGACUUUUGCUGGCUUAA